GUUAUGGAGGAGACAUAGCUAGCUUCGGAAUGAAGAUCGAAAUCGCAGAAACAGAAGACAUCCCCCAACUUUCCAAUUUCCUUGAUCUGGUGGUACAAGCAAGGAACAUAAGAUUUCAGACAGAGAAUGUCAAAGUUUGAACGGGAAGACAUUCUCCUGGUUCUUCUUGUUUGUCUUCUCCUAGAAAAGUACCUAGGUGGGAUGCCAAGCUUUCAUCAUUUAAGUUAGCUUCACGCCAAUUCGGUUUGUCCCCAUCUUUGUAAUCAAAGAGUGGGAAGAGGGUUUGGAAAAUGCAGGCACUAGUCCAAGUCCAAGGAUUAACAUCGUUGCAGGGAGCGGUGCUGAGAAGUUCCGCUGCGAAGCAGAACAUAAUGCCUCGUGUGGCCUCCUCUUCUUCCUCCGCGGAAGAGAAAGGGCUACAGAACAUGACUGUGGCGGAUGUGUUGAUGACAAAGAGAGAAGAAAAAGUCAGUUCUUGGUUCUGGUGCCGCACUACUGAUUCUGCCCAUGAAGCAGCCAAGAAUAUGGCAAAGAACAAUAUUGGGUCACUGGUGGUUCUCAAGCCUGGAGAUCAACAGUACAUCGCAGGAAUUAUCACAGAAAGAGUAAUAGCACAAGGGAGAUCUUCAAAGUACACAAAAGUUGGGGAGAUCAUGACCGAUGAGAACAAGUUGAUAACGGUGGCAGAAGACACCAACAUUCUGAAGGCAAUGCAACUAAUGACAGACCACCACAUUAGGCAUGCCCCUGUCAUCGACGGAAAUAUAGUUGGCAUGAUUUCUAUUGUAGAUGUUUUCGAGCAGUCGUAGAGCAGCAAACUGGGGAGUUGAAGAGGCUAAAUGGCUACAUUCAAGGAGGCUACUAUUGAAAUUGUGUUGUAAACAUCUGAAAACGGUUGAUACAUCAUAUCCUGCUUUCUAAUUGAUCUAUCAAAGAUUUCUACUAAAAAAAACCCCCACAUGGGAACAAGCCACACUCAUUGAACAUUUUAUUACAGAAUGUCAUGACGAUAGUAAAGCAUCAGAAAGAAC